AUGACCUCAUUCCCCUCUAUUUCAACUGAAGUUGACGACAAGAGAGCGAUGCUGGAAUAUAGUGAAGGCUGCACCAUUGCAACCCAACCUAGUGCUGACGACAUUCAUACCUUACCAAUUAGCUUUACCGAUCCAAAACCUUUAUUACCGGCUGAAAGAGUUAUACAUGAUGAAAUACCACACCCAGACAUAUUACCAGAGGCCAAACUAGACGAGAGAGGAGAUGUAAAUGGCAGUCAUAAUCAGCACUCUAUGAUCAAUAUUCCUGAACACGAAAAUGAAUGCGCAGAUAACACUAUGCAUCGUCCUUUGCAUCUUUCAGAUUACUCCGCAACAGGAAAUUAUACCACUGGUGCGAGCCUUGGUCUGGAAAUGCUCGCUCGUUUUGCCAAUCCAGUCAAUGCCUUAGAUAUCUUCAAUUCAAUCGACAAAUUAUCCGAUGCGACUUAUUUUCCUCAAUCUACCAUGCAGAAAGUUGUUGAUGUGCCCAUGGCAAUAAAUAAUCCCAUAAAUCAAACACGCUAUUUGGAACCUUCUCCGCUAAUCCAAGAGCCCACUCGUAUCUCAGCAUAUGCAAAGUUGAUAUUUGAGGAUGGUUUUUUCUACAUGAAUACUUAUUCUGUAGUACUCGGACGUGACUUACAGGCGUGGCAUGCGGCAAUGCGAGAUGAAAAGCGUAAACAAAGGCAGUUGGAGAAUGGGACUCUUACUAGAGACCCUAAGACACCGGUCAGAGUUAAAAACGAAGGUAGCAGAUACACUCGAUCAAUCGUCAGCGAAAGUGGUGGGAUUUUAAGGACAGGUAAUGAUCUAAAUACCGAAGAGCGAGCUCGUCGGCGUAAACUACGAAAAAUUGCCAAAAACAGCGCAAAAUCUAAGUCUACGGGCUCAUCUUCCCCCAAUGCUCGUCAAAAUUCGAAUGCGCCACCCAGUAAGGUGAAAAUAUAUGAAGCCCAGAAUUUACAGUCUACAAUAUCACAAAGCGAUGGGCCAGUCCCCGUCGAUCCGGCCACUCUUCGACCGUCUCCUUAUGAUUGCCCGCUGGUUGCUAUUCAUCCUCCUACCACAGCCCCUAUAAGCGCAUAUAAAAGUAUAUCACGAGAACACGUCAAGAUAACCUUCAACAGCAAGAAGAGCAAAUUUGAGGCACACAUUAUCGGACGAAACGGUUGUUUUGUCCAGGACCACUGGUAUCAUACAAAUGAUAUCGUUCCACUUGAAAGCGGAGACUUCCUUCAAGUUGGCGGAAUUACUGUACAGUUUAUGUUACCCAACCAGCUUGAUCCAACGACAGUUGUUGAGUAUUCUGAUUCUUCCGACGAGGCCAAUAAUCUAGAAGGAGAGUCUGAGGAUAAUGCAAUCAAUAUUAAAUGCAGUGAUAAACAUCAAAACAGAUCAAUUCAUAAACUCCAUGGUAAUCGCCUUGCAUCUGCUAAAAAUUGUGGAAAAAGUUGUGAUGAAAAUAGUGAUAGUGAUGAAGAAGAUCAAUAUCUAGAACGGAACCAAGAACCUACUGAAAAUAUGACCGGGAAGAUGCUUGGUAUGAAACGGGAUCGGAGCAGAAAAGACGGAACAGAUGAUCCGGAUGAAGCUGAUGCUGGUGGCUUAGAAUCUAGCUCUAACUUAGCACUUAGUCUCAAGCUGGGCAAAAAGCGUGGCCCCGGUCGACCGCCUAAGAAUGGGAUACUUUCGAAACGAGAACAGAAACUCCUCAAAAAAGAAGAGCAAAUACUUUUUGAAGCUAUGGUAAAGGAAGGUGUAGGGAAGACGCUUGAUAAAGAAAGUAAAAAGGGUAAAGGGAAUAGCUACGAAGUUAUAAUUCCACCAGGACUAGAUAUUCAAGAAUAUCCUUCUAAGAUUUGCAUGGAAGAUCCUAAUAAUUGUUUUAUUGACGAGUCUAUUGAGAAAUCUGUGGAAAAUUCUGCCGAAGACUUAGCGGAAAAAUCAAUGGAUCAACUACAGUCUGAUAUCCCUACCAAAAACAAAGUAGGACGACCACGAAAACAUCCAAUUCUAGAACUUGAUAUCGGACCUCCAAGGGAGAAGCGAAAAUACACAAAGAGAAAACCUAAAGAACCCAAAGAUUGCGAGGUAAAUGGCUCUGGCUCAGGGGAAGAUUGCAAAUCUAAGAAAGAAAAAGUCCCACCGCGCCCUCCACGCUCUCCAUCUCCAGUCAUGAAUGAAGAAGACUACACUCCUGAGCAACUUGCUAAACCACAAUCUAACUAUGUCACUUUAAUUCAUGAGGCUCUAUCAAACGCACCUACGCAACAAUUAGGACUGCCUGAUAUAUACAGGGCUAUCUAUAGGAAAUAUCCGUACUUUAAAUUUAAAACCCAAACUCUUGGAUGGCAGAGUAGUGUCCGUCACAAUUUAUCGCAGCACCAUGCUUUCAGGAAGGUUGAAAAAGAUGGAAAAGGUUGGACAUGGGGUAUUGUUGACGGUAUCUCUAUCGAAAAGGAGAAAAAGAAAAGAGCAACACCACCACCCCAAAGUCAUCUCGGUCAAAUUCAUCAUCAACCUCUAUAUCAAUCUGGAAACACUCGAAUGAUUGGCUCAUAUCCACAUGGACAAGUCCAUGGAUAUCCAGUGCACAAUAUUCAAUCUAGUCAGUCUACUGGUUACCAAAAUCCGCCCCAGAUUCAUGGACAACCCCUUCAGAUGUCUAGUCUUCCGCUCAAUUUUAUACCUUCCAUACCACCACAGCUAGCCGCACCAAAUGUUCCGACAUCUUAUAGCUCUCCAUAUGCUCCUAGACCUGUAGCUAAUGAAAGCACUAUCCAUACUAAAGAUCCUACGAUAACAGUAGAACAGAAGCAGAUAAAUACCACAAACUCGAUAAUUAAUGUUAGCGAAAAAAUGGAACAGCAGAUACAAAAUAACCAAUGUAAAUCAGAUGAUGGGUUUGUUAUUUCAACCCAUAGUAAUGAGUUAAAGGAAAAAGUGAGUCAAGGUCAUACACAAAGCCAACCCGUAACUUCUGAGCAACAUCCUACUACUCAAACUCAAGGACCGGCAUCAUCGUCUCAAUCGCUUUCUCUAGAAUCACAAGCUACGGAUAAAGUCUUUAACUCGGUCUCAUCUCCCCAGCAGCCUGUUCAUAAUCAGAAACCGGCUCAAACUGCAGCACAAGGAAUCAUAGUAUCUGCGCACAUUAAUGAAGACGUAAUCAGAGCAACGGAAACAUUCAAGAAAAAUCUUCUUGAUUCUCUGAAAAGCAAACAGUCGGAAACAAUUGUCAACUCAGCCAUCAACCGGGUGCUUGGAAUUACGACACAAAGUGACUUACCAGGUAACUCACAAGAAGAUAUGAUAAUGGCGGCACUAAGAUCGUUACUGAGUAAAAUUCCUGGAUCAAAUAUUGAAGCUGAACAAUCUUAUCCCACUGUCUCACAGAUGAUGAGUAGAUCUGCUGAAGUUUCCAAGCUACCGCAUCAUAAUUUAAUACAAGGUUCUCAAUCACAGAGUAAGGUAGUUGCUCCAGAUAAGUCUCUCCUUGGGGUGACUCGACCAACAUUCACGACGCAGGGCACAGGCCGUUUUAGUAUUCCGAUGAUAUCUCGGCCACCAAUGAUAGCGGCAGGUAUGAAGACUCAAAUUCUGGAUCCAUCCAAUCAUGCACUUCCUCAUACCAGUACCUCUCCAAAUUUAGUUACACCUACCUCUGGAAGUGUGUCUGGAGUAGACAUUAAACAUAAUUCUUUUGAAGAUGAAAAAAAACUCGGACAAAAGCGGACCCAUGACGGUACAGAUGAUUUACGAGAUUACAAGAAACCGACAACUUCUAGCUCUUAA